UACAGCCCAUGGGUUUCUCUCUUUCUGUUGUUACCUUACUUAUAAUGCCAGAAGACGAAACCACCCCAAAUUCGGCAAAUCCGCCUCUGGUUCCGUCUUCCCCAGACAUUACUUCUGCCUGACUCCUUCCUUUAAUCGGCACUGUGUAUAGAUUUGAUUCCGAGGUCGCCCAGAACCUGCGGCGUUCGAUUUGUGGGUCGGCUGACUCUGUCUGUCAGAGGUUUCCUCAAUUUCACCGCUCUAAUUAAAUUCUACCCCUCAAGAAAGGCGGCGAUCGUCUUCCGCUCCAUUGCCUUCGCCAUUCAUGAUUUGAUGAAGUGACUAUGACGGAGUAAUUAUUUUGUAGAUUUAAUUGCAUCCUAGAUGGCAAUGUUGGUAACAAAGCAAGGACAUCCUAGUGGGCUGAAGAGGCAUGAUUUGGAAUUGCCAAGCAUUUCUGAGCUUAGGAGAAGAUGGAAUUCCCAAGACUCUGAAGAAGAUGAUCCUGAGCCAAAUAUUGUUAGAACCCCUCAAAGACGUUCUCGGGGAAAAAUUAAAAAAACAGUAAAUAGAACAACAGUGAUGAACAAUUGCAAAGGUUCAUUUGGCAGAGAUGCCUCUUAUUCUCCCAGAUUUCAAUCAGAUCCGUCUUUCUCUGAUGAACUAAAUGAGGAGGAUGAAAGUGAUGAAGAGUACAGUUCAGAAUGUUCAUCACGAAAUAAACAGCGUGUGUACGGCCGAUAUGAUGAAUUUUGCAAUAAGAUAACGUCACGGAAGCGCCAGAUUUCUCCCACCAAGGCACAGUGUGUGAGUAGAGAACCUGCUAGAAAGAAAAUAAGAUAUGAAGAGCAAAAAGAGUUGGGGAUAGGUACGAACUCAGCUGCACAUUUGCGACAAACGAGACAUUUUACUAAGAGAAAGUCAGAUGAUUGCAACAGAACUUCAAAGAAGAAAGAUGAAAUAAUGAUGGAAGGGCUAGAUAUUACAAGUGAAGAGGAAUGGGAAACAAGCAAAAGCCCGAGUUCUCCAAUUGUGAGAAGAGGAAUUCAGAACACUCGGGACACAAAAAGUUUGAGUGCUAACCGGAGGUCCUCAAAACGUGCAGCAGCAUCUUAUAGAAAAUAUAAUAUUGAUCAUGAUUUUUAUGUUGGCGAGUGGGAUGACGAAGAUGAUAGUGAUGAAGAUUUGGCAUUGAUAGCAAAGACAUCACAUGUAAACAGUUGUGGUUUAAGUCCUGAAGUGAUUGCCAACAAAAGUGAUGAUGCUAGUGAUUAUGACACAAGAAAAAAGGACAAUUCAAGGAGACGUUCUUCUAGUUCUUCAUCUUCAUCAUCUUCCUUGCCCUGUUUGAGAGUAUUAAAGAGUGACAAGAAGAUUGAUGAGGAAAGAAAUGUAAGGUCAGCAAUGUGUCAUCAAUGCCAAAGGAAAGAUAGAAGAAUUGUUGUUGCUUGCAGCAAGUGCAAAGAGAAUAUUUACUGCAUUCGAUGCAUCAAGCAAUGGUAUCCUCAACUAUCAGAGGAGGAAAUUGCAGAGGUGUGCCCUUUUUGUCGUGGGAAUUGUAAUUGCAACAAUUGUUUGCACUCUAGUGGCUUCAUUAAGACAUCAAGAAGAGAUCUCACUGACUUUCAAAAGCUUCAGCAUCUUCAAUAUUUGGUUGUUAAACUUCUUCCCUUUCUCGAACAAAUCCGUUCUGAGCAAGUUCAGGAGAUACAGACAGAAUCUGUCAUUCAAGGUGUCUCUUCAUCCUUAAUUGAGGUCAAACAGUCAACAUUUUACACCGACGAGCGAGUGUAUUGCAAUCAGUGUUCAACAUCAAUUGUGGAUCUUCAUCGAAGUUGCCCUGGCUGUUCAUAUGAGCUUUGUCUGCGUUGUUGUGAGGAAAUACGCAAAGGAAAGUUUCCAGGGUGUCCAGUAAGAGAAGUUUUCAAAUAUAAAGAUAAAGGAUGUGAAUAUAUGCAUGGCGGCGAUCCCCAACCAGAAACCAAAGAUGAUGUGGACAAUUCACCAUGGGAUCAGAACAAUCCACCCGUGACCAAAUGGGCUGUCAGGGGCGAUGGCAGUAUCACCUGUGCUCCUCAAGAACUGGGUGGGUGUGGAAGUUGUAUUUUAGAGCUCAAGCGCCUCCUUCCAAAAGGCUGGAUCUCUACUUUGGAAGAAAAAGCAACAAGAGCUUUGAGCAAAUGCAGAAGUUUACAGACAACUGCAACUUGGGAAACCGAAGCUGUGAAUAUAAACCCUGAGAAGAUGCGCAGAGCUGCUGAUAGAGUGGGUUCUAAAGACAACUGCUUGUAUUGCCCAACUGGGAGGGAUGUUGUGGAGGAGGAAGAGCUUUUCAUGUUUAGGAGCCAUUGGGGUAGGGGUGAACCAGUAAUUGUAAGGGACGUUCUUGACCACACGGCUGGACUUAGCUGGGAACCUAUGGUUAUGUGGCGUGCCUUAUGCGAGAACACAAAUCCAAGGACAUCCGUUGGCUCAAAUAUGUCAGAAGUCAAAGCCGUGGACUGCUUGGCUGGGUGUGAGGGGACGCAUAUGGAUGAUAACUUUGCUCCGUUCUUGAGGUCCAACAAUAGCCCCUAAAGACUGUCGCUAAUACGGAGGACUACGACAUUUUUGAGUUGGAGCCCAUCACUGAGGGCCAAGCAUAAAGGGAAGGACAAAAUGAAUGACGAGCCAAAGAAGUAUACCGCGAUGAAAAUUCUAUUAUUGGUGAAGUUUUACGUCGACGUGAUGGAGGAUGCCAUCAUUGGAAACUUCCAAAAAUUCAAAAUGUUUUGAGAGCAUGUUAUUGUAAAGAACAAUGCCGGGAGACCAAUUGUUCGCCCAAACGUGACAACGAGAUGCUUCAAAAACACUAGGGAUGUGUGCACCUGGAAGUCCAACAAUUUAGUGACAUGUUUGCCAACGUCCAUUGCAUACAACGUCCUGAAGACAUGUCCCAGUGGUUCCAACAUCGAUGACAUUCUCUCGAAGGCGAUGGGCCUUUUUUUUUCAAAAUGGAAAAAAAGAAAUUCCAAUUUCUGAAUGUUUGGAAACUUCUUGAGAAAGUCCCAAACUCAGCAUUGAUAUGCCGAGGAAUCGGCGUCGAAGUAAAAUAAACUCUCUGAAACUAGUUCAUACUCAACAAGCAAAAGCAAAUAGUCCAUCGACCUCAACACAUCGGGAAAUGACUUCACCGCUGUUGGCGAUGAAUCUAGCAAUCAGAGCUGUUUGAUACGAACGAGGCAACAAAGAAGGCAAAGGCCUUGGCCACUACACCUACCAAACCCAACGUUAGACAAAAUGUGUACUUCCACGAAGAACAAGCAUGGCAGUUAAUAUCAACCACCUCAGGACACUCAUGAAAGAGGAUAUGUCAGAGAUGUCGAAGAGGAAGCGAAAAAAUCCACAACAAAUCAGCACUACCCACGCCAUGAUCCGAGGAAAAAAAAUGAGAAGUGUUCAA